GUAGUACCAUUAACGAACGCUCGUGACUCGUGCACUAGUUCCAACCAAAUUCUCCAAAUCUCUAUCACUAUCAGCUUACUCCGUUGUGCGGUGACAAGUGACAACACAAACUCUCUCUCUCUCCCUCUCUGACUCUCUUUCUCAUCUAAUGGAAAAUAUCAGCUUCUCACACUGAGGAAACCCCAUGAUAAAAAACUUUCAAAUUUAGGAGGAUAAUCUUCUUCACGCUUGCAAACAUCUUACCCUCUUUCUUGUUUGGGAUAUGCUUGUUGGACAAUAGAUGGCAACUCUUCCACCAUCACUUGCAAUACAGUCCUGCUAUUUGAAGUGUAGAAUCAGUGAUGUUUCUAAAUCGUCACCUGCCUGUCAUUAUAUAUAUAGAAACCACAUCAGAUAUGGCUUUGAAAAAAUGGAUUUGGAAAGAAGGCUAAUUUGUGAUGAAGUUUCACAGAAUGUGGUGAAAUCUUCUUGCCGGCAUCUUAAUUCAAGAUUCUUUGCUACAUCACGAGUUUUGGUUGAGGAAAUUGAACAGAAAGACAGUACAAUUACUGAAGCUGAUAAUCAGGAAAAGGCAUUAACUUAUCUAUUUUGGACAGAAGUUGGUGGUCAGGUGAAAGUUUUUGUUAGAAAGACAAGUGUCAAAUAUGCUGUGAAUAUUGAAGUUUCAUCGUUACAACUACAAAGCAUUGAUGAUAGACUGAUAUCAAGUUGGGGCAGGUACAGAGCUGAUUCGUCAAGUUUCAUACCUCUGGAUGUUCAAAGUUCAGUUCCAGAUUCUAGAACCUCAACCAGUGAAACCCCAUUCACACAGACCUCUGCUGGCAGGUUUGCACUUGAGUUAGAGUUUGAAGCAAAACAAAUUCCCUUCUAUCUCUCAUUCAUUUUAAAAUUACCAUCAGAUUCUGGCUCCUGUGGCUCAGAAAUUAGAAGUCAUAGGAAGACAAAAUUUUGUGUGCCAGUUGGUUUUCGUAAAGGUUAUCCAGCUCCAUUGGGUCUCUCCUUUUCACCUGAUGGUUCCAUGAACUUUGCAAUUUUUUCAAGAAAUGUAGAAGGUGUAAUUUUAUGCUUCUAUGAUGAUGCAAAAGCAGAUGAACCUGCUUUAGAGCUUGAUCUAGAUCCAUACAUCAAUCGAUCUGGUGACAUCUGGCAUGCCUCAUUUGAAAGUGCAUGGACUUUUGUGAGCUAUGGUUAUCGGUGCAAAGGGUCUCUACUUCAGAGAAACAAUAAUAAAUUUGAUGCAGGGCAAAUUAUUUUGGAUCCAUAUGCUAAGAUUAUUGUAAAUUCUAUUCCUAGUAGUGAUGGAUCUCAGAAGUAUCUUGGACAACUAUGCAAGGAACCUGGUUUUGAUUGGGGUGAUGAUACUCAUCCUUACUUACCAAUGGAAAAACUAGUGGUGUACCGGUUAAAUGUGAGGCACUUUACGGAGCACAAAUCUAGCCAGCUAGCUACUGAUGUAGCUGGGACCUUCAUUGGUUUGACAGAGAAGUUGCAGCAUUUUAAAGAUCUGGGCAUGAAUGCUGUUUUACUGGAGCCAAUUUUCUCGUUUGAUGAGAAAAAUGGACCAUAUUUUCCUUGUCAUUUCUUUUCACCCAUGAAUCUGUAUGGACCUUCUGGUGGUUCUGUAUCUGCUAUUAACUCAAUGAAGGAGAUGGUAAAAAAAUUGCAUGCCAAUGGGAUAGAAGUUUUGUUGGAAGUUGUUUUUACUCAUACUGCUGUCUCUGGAUCGCUGCAAGGCAUUGAUGAUAUAUCCUAUUAUCAUGUGAAUGAAGGUGAGGAUUUGGAAGCAACAAAUUAUUUGAAUUGUAAUUAUCCUAUUGUGCAACAAUUGAUUUUGGAUAGUCUGCAACAUUGGGUGACUGAGUUUCAUAUUGAUGGAUUUUGUUUCAUAAAUGCUUCAUCUUUGUUGAGAGGGUUUCAUGGAGAAUACUUGUCUCGCCCUCCCUUGGUUGAAGCAAUUGCUUUUGAUCCACUACUCUCAAAGACCAAAAUCAUUGCAGAUUGCUGGGAUCCACAUGACAUGCUACCAAAGGAAACUCGUUUUCCUCAUUGGAAGAGAUGGGCAGAAAUUGAUACAAAAUUUUGUAACGAUGUGAGAAAUUUUUGGAGGGGUGAGGGUCUUCUAAGUGACCUUGCGACACGGCUUUGUGGGAGUGGGGACAUCUUUUCAGAUGGACGAGGCCCAGCAUUUUCUUUCAAUUUCAUUGCUAGAAAUUUUGGAUUAACUGUUGUGGACUUAGUCAGCUUCAGUAAUGAUGCAUUAGCUUCACAGUUAAGUUGGAAUUGUGGGGAAGAAGGACCUACAGAUAACACCACUGUCCUUGAAAGACGGCUUAAACAAAUCCGUAAUUUUCUCUUUGUCCUGUAUAUUUCAUUGGGUGUUCCUAUUCUUAACAUGGGAGAUGAGUGUGGCCAAUCUUGUGGUGGUUCCCCUGCAUAUGGUGAUAGAAAACCUCUUGAUUGGAAUACUCUAAAAACGGGUUUUAGUAUUCAAACCUCGCAAUUCAUCUCAUUUUUGAGUUCGUUGAGAAUGAGGCGAAGUGAUCUUCUUCAGAAAAGGAAUUUCCUGAAAGAAGAAAAUAUUGAGUGGCAUGGAAGUGACCAGUCUCCUCCUAAAUGGGAAGAUCCAUCAUGCAGAUUCCUGGCCAUGACAUUGAGGGCUGAUGAAGUGGAGAGCCCAUUGAACUCUGAAUCUUCUUCCCAUGUAAGGAGGGGUGAUUUAUUUAUUUCUUUCAAUGCAGCUGACCAUUCAGAGUGUGUUAUUCUACCCCAACCCCCAGAAGGGAUGUCAUGGCGCUGUUUGGUUGACACAGCUCUUCCAUUCCCAGGGUUUUUUUCAACCAGUGGUGAACCCCUUCCUGAGCAGAUGGCAGAAUCAGUUGCUUAUGUGAUGAAGUCUCACAGUUGUGCUCUAUUUGAAGCUAGCAGCAGCCCAAAAAGUAACUGAAAAUUUCCCAGACCUACUCUUCCCCUUCCACAAUGUAAAGUUAGUAACUGUGAGAGGUUGAACCCCUUUGUUGUAUAAUAAUGUAAUAAUAAAAUUGAAGUGCAGCAGAUCAUAAUGUUCUUUUAGUAGUCAAUA